UUCUCUUUCUUUCUUUAACCCUUUUCUUACACCACUCUUAUACAUAUACCGCAUAUACACCAUGCCCGGAGGAGGACAAAUGCCAAAGGAAAAGCAGACACCCAAGGAAAAGGUGUGUCUUAUCUGUAUCGACGGUUGGGGUGUUUCGCCAGUCCAAGAUCCCAAGGGCGACGCGAUCCGCAAUGCUGAGACGCCCGUCAUGGACAAGUUCAAGGAAACUUACCCCUAUUCUGACAUUGCCGCUCAUGGUUUGUCUGUCGGUCUUCCCGAUGGUCUUAUGGGCAACUCUGAAGUUGGCCACUUGAACAUUGGUGCUGGCCGUGUCGUCUACCAGGACAUUGUGCGUAUCGAUCUUGCUGUUAGAGACAACAAGUUUGGUGAGGUCGGAAACAUCAAGGGCGCUUUUGAACGUGCCAAGGCUGGUAACGGUCGCUUGCACUUUUUGGGUCUGAUUUCCGAUGGUGGUGUCCACUCGCAUAUCAACCACUUGGUUUCGCUCUUGGAAGCCGCCAAGGCUGCAGAAGUUCCCGAAGUCUACAUCCACUUCUUCGGCGAUGGUCGUGACACCUCUCCAAAGUCGGCCACCAAGUACUUGAAGACGCUUCAGGAGAACUUGGAACGUUUGUCGUAUGGCAAGCUCGCCACCAUUGUGGGUCGUUACUAUGCCAUGGACCGUGAUAAGCGCUGGGAACGUGUUCAGAUCGCAUUCGACGCAUUGACUGAGGGCAAGGGUGAAAAGUCAGAGGAUGCCAUGAAGACGGUUGAGGAGCGCUACGCAGCCGAUGAGACAGACGAGUUCUUGAAGCCCAUCAUCUUGUCUGACGAAGGCCGCGUCAAGGACAACGAUACUCUGUUCUUCUUCAACUUCCGAUCUGACCGUAUGCGUGAGCUCACCCAGGCAUUCGGCAUUGCUCCUUGCCCCUUUGAGAGCAAGGUUCCCGAGAACAUUGAGCUGUUCACCAUGACCCAAUACAAGGGCGAUUAUCCCUUCAAGGUUGCUUUCCCCGCACAGACCAUGGACAACGUCUUGGCCGAAUGGUUGGGCAAGAACGAGGUUCCCCAGAUGCACGUUGCCGAAACCGAAAAGUAUGCUCACGUCACCUUCUUCUUCAACGGCGGUGUCGAGACCCAGUUCAACAAGGAAGAGCGUGGUUUGGUUGCUUCGCCCAAGGUCGCCACUUAUGACUUGCAGCCCGAGAUGAGCGCACAGAGCGUCGCUGAUCGCGUCGCCGAAGAAAUCGCUAGCGGCAAAUAUCCCUUCGUCAUGUGCAACUUUGCUCCUCCCGACAUGGUCGGCCACACUGGCAAGUACGAGGCUGCUAUUAAGGGUGUAGAGGCUACGGAUAAGGGUAUCGGUACUAUUUACGAGGCAUGCAAAGCCAACGGCUACAUCUUGUUUGUCACGGCCGACCACGGUAACGCCGAAAAGAUGCUUUCGGACGAUUUCUCGACCCCUCACACUGCUCACACUUGCGCACCUGUUCCUUUCGUCAUGACCUCUGAAAAGUACAAGUAUCAGAAGGAUGUCAAGGGUGCCUUGGCUGAUGUUGCCCCCACCAUCCUCGAUGUCAUGGGCUUGGAUAUUCCCGAAGAAAUGACUGGUCACAGCAUGUUGGAGAAGAACUAAACGAGUACUGUGAAGUCAAAGAAUCUGUUGUAAAUGUAGAAUUUUACUGUUUUAUAAAACUUUUGUUUCCCAUUAAAUGUACAUCUCUUUUAAAUAUAUCAGUUGUGGAAAAAUUCCUUCUUGAGUUUACUGUUCUACCAUCAUAUUAUGCUUUUCAAUUAGCAGCGGUGCGGUAGUGUUGCUGUACCUUUUAUGAGGUAGUGGGUAAUCAACGACUACUA